UUACGCCGAUAACACAACGUGUUUUCGCGACGUCUCGCUGUCAGUCGCGACUCGGCGCCGUGAUUCUGCGUUCGAUUCGAUUGGCUUACAAGUGACUUCCUCGGGAGACACGGUUCCCUCCUUGGAACCCAUUCAACGUCCAAGUGACUCGAGAUAUUCCAACUGGCAAACGAAAACUUUGAAUAAUCGUCCUUUCAUUUUUUUUUUUUUUUUCUUUUCUCCCACCAACGAUUAUAUCGUAAUCGAUGAUUCUCGGCGAAAAAAUGAAAAUUAAGGAAGAUCGAUCCCCUGUUCCAACCGUUCGUUUCAAUAUCGUCCAGUGACUACGAAAUAAUUUCAAUAAGUAGCCAAGUGCAAAUCGAGUUUCUUUCACCAUUAAUCGUGGUUGUCUCUAACGAAAUUGCCUCCAGCAUUUAAUACAAGCUAGCCUUUCAAGACGAUAAUAUAUAUCCCUGUCUUCAUGCAUGCGUUUCAAGUGACUCUCUCGCGAAGAUAGCUGGCUCCUCCUACCUACUUCAUCAAUUUCCUUCGUCAAUUUCCUUAUCAAUGAAAUUGUCCCUUCAAUCCUCGCCGUAUUCCACCGAUUCUCCCCACUGUGAUUUUUUUCAACGUUGAGAAUCUCUCUUCUCGAUUCCCGGAUUGGCCGAUUCCGUUAAGGCUGCGGCAUGUAUUUCAAUCGAUCGGAUAUCGGCUCGUCAAUCUGCAUACAUUUCGUUCUGCUAUUCCUGAUUUUUCUAUCGGCCAGCAUCGAACGAAUCGAAGGUAGAAAAUGCGUGUGCACGAGCAAGGACUGCAAAGCAGCCGGGGUGGACACGUGCAAAACAAAGUUUUCCUGUUACACGGAGUGGAUUUUGACCAGGAAUCAGGAAUUGGAAGAGAACGCUACAACCAGAGGAUGCACGUAUAGGUUUGCCACGCCAUUGUUGUGCGAGACAAAGUCCUGGGUCACGAGGUCGAAGUCGAGCGACAACGUGGACCGAUCGUCGGCUGCCUGGAUCCGCAUGCAAAGACUGAAGUGUUGCAACAACCACGACUACUGCAACGCUGAUCGCAACGUGAACGCGUCCACGAGGAUCCACGACAAAGACAGGCCCGAUCCCGUCAAUUCUACUUUAGACUAUAAUGGUUCCUUUAAUGGGAUGUCGUCGAGCCGAGACGUAAUGGGAUCGAUCGAGCCUGAUCCAGGCCCGAUCGCCGAAGGACGGGAAUCGUCAGAUCCGUUUCACGAGAGUCGCGUUAAGCCGCUUCUCGUCGCAGCUCUGGUCUUGGCGAUCGCUGCCCUCACAUCGGUCCUAGCCGCAUGCUACGUUAUUACAAGAUUAUUGAAAACGAACCUGUACGCAGUCAGAAACGAGGAAUUCAUUCACGUUUCUUAGAGACGUUCGAUUCGAACGAAUCAGGAUGAUGGAUCGUGUGGCGCCAAAUCGACGCGAGGAAACGAACGUGGGAUAUCCUGCGGUUUCAAGAGUCAUCGAAUGCAUGACGAAGCUCGACGAGGGACAGUUUUGGGCAAACAACUCGGUGAAACUCCUUUGUUUCGAGCGGUAUGACUAACAUCGAGCCUCUCGUUCUCGAAUUCCGUCCUCCCUGUUCUACGGGGUUUGAAACCAGGUGCUUCGAUUAGUAGUAAUUAGUCAUCCUUAAAACACUCGCCACGCAGAGGAAAACGAGGAACACGUAGCAGGAAGGAAGGGGAAAAGGAAGGAAACGAAUAAUCUGUGCGAAAAUCUGUGCGAAAAGUCGGUCAUAUUCGGGAAUAUUUUCGAAUCGUUACGCGAUGUAACGAAUUGCAUGCAACAUAAGUGUGGUAAAAUGUCGAUUGUGAAAGUAAAUUUAACUGUAGCCAAGAACUGUCGAAACCGAUGUGCGGUAUCUAACGCGAUAAGAUAAAUUAUUAUGCGUAAAACAAACUGCAUUCCCGUUUUACAGGAUUUACUGUUCUGCUGUGAUUGUACG